AUGGCGCCGAUGGAUCUUGAUAACGGGUCUGAGACUGACUCAGAAUCUGGGGUAGGAUCCGCAGAAUCUGACUCGCAGUACCUCAUGUAUCGCAACAUUCUGCAAUCCAAGACCGACCACCCUCGUAGUCAGUGGAUUGUCUGCCAAAUGAUUCGAGAUCAUCUUCUUUUCAUCCAGUCCAAUCCAUCUGACCAACUCUUUCAACGCUACGAUAGGCUCAUGCGUAACGAGUCUUGUCAAUAUCGAUCAACAAUCGCAAAUCUUUCGCCGUCCCCAGUCGCUGACGAGGAGAAGCGCUGGCACCAAUUUUACAUGCGCGCUGCUGCUACUGCUACUGUUACCCAACGUCAUUCCACCAGCCAAGAUAAUAACAAUACUCGUCCUGUACCCGAUCAUGCGUCGGAUAAGCGAUGGGCCACCAAAGUCGCUAAGCAGACCAAAGCCUGGCUCCGUAACAAUCCUCUCAAAAAAGACACCGAAACUCAUCGGCACGCCCCCGCGCAGCAGAUUGUCAACUUCCUGACAUACGGUCAUAUGCCCAGCUCAGAAGAGGCAGCCUACUGUAGCACCGACGAAGCCAGGGAACUUGUUAUCGCUGGUGAUAAAAUUCUCAUCACAAAAGAUCAGCAACCAAUCAACUGGGGUGGUCGCCCGAUCGAAGCCCUUUUCAGGAAAUGGUACACGCCCUGUGAUCUUACCUGUGAAACCGAGGCAAUGCACAACGACCCAGCCAGAAGGCUUCCUGCUACCCACGACUUUCUACUCAGUGAGGGUGGGAAUCAUACUAUUGCGCAUGUCGACAGUCAUGGCUUUGGAGCCUUUAUUACCGUUCACGAGGGCCUUUACGGCUUUGGUUGGGUUGCUGUCAAGAAUGCUCGGGACCGGACACUUUGGGAACAAGACCCCCUCUCAUUAGAUGUUGCAAAAAUGGCACGUUAUGUGAUACUCCGCCCCGGUCAAACUGCCUAUUUCCCAUCCGGCACAAUCCACUUUGUUUUCCGUCUUGUUGACGAACCAACAUUGGCAGUUUCAGGCGACGCCCUCGCAUGGUCCUGCAUUCUCCAGUGA